AUGGACGACCGUGCUGCGAAGGCGGAGCGUGCGCGCAAGCAGCUGCGCAGGCACCGCGAGGCGCAGCGCUUGAAGCGCGAGUCGCGCAUCCUCGAGGGGGGUGGUACGCCCGCCGCCCCUGAACCGGCACCCACUGUCUCAGAGACGCAUACGCCCGCAGAGCCAGCGCCUGCGACCCCGGAGCCGCCGCCAGCGGCGCCUGCCACGACAGAGCCACCGGCGGCGCCCACCAGCACCGAGAGUGCUACUUUCGCGUCCGAGUUGUGGUCCCAGGGGCCGCACAAUGCGGUGACAACUGACUAUGACGCCUUCCUCGCGCCAGCAGGCGACCGUGACAAGGAACCGGCGCACGAGCCAGAGGCGGCGCCUGUGACGGAUCUGUUUGCGCCUGCAGCGACGGACGAGCCGGCAGAUGCACUCUACUCGGGUCCCGAGAAGGACACAUACGCCCAGGCACCGACGUCCGACCUCUUCGCGGAGCCCCCGCGAGCACCGCCCACGCGAUUUAUGGAGCACCUAUUCGCACCUAGUCCCCAGCGGCCAACGGACACUAGCAACUAUGCAGCCACGAUGGAGGCGAGUAUGGACGAGGAGCGGGGAGCAGAUACGUCGCAGCUGGAAGCCGCGUCCCUCUUUCCCAUGGAGUCGCAAGAGCCUGCGCAGGAAGUGCACGGGUUCCAGCCGCUGUACGAAGUGCCAGCCCACGGUGACCCCGCGUACCACGGUGAGAGCAGCGAGGCACCCUAUUAUGGCCAUGAUGAGGCGUACUAUGGCCACGACGAGGCGUAUUAUGGCCACGACGAGGCGUAUUAUGGCCACGACGAGGCGUAUUAUGGCCACGACGAGGCAUACUACGGCCACAAUACUUGGGGGUACGAAGAGGAUCCUGCGUAUGCCGCGCAGGCCGAGUCGGCUCCGCUGGAAGAGACGGAGUUCUACCCGCCCUAUGGCAGCGACCUAGCCAAAGCAGGCACCAACACGUUUGACCCCGAGCAAAUGCUCGAGACCAUGUCUGGUCCCGUGGACGAUCUGGGCGAUAGCCGAACGCUCGAGCCAAUUCCCGAGCACGAGUCCGACGAGUCGCGUGCUGAGAAGGAGGACCACGAGGCGGAGGCGCCCGCCUCCUACGAGCCAGAGACGCCAGCGGCCCCGGUGGCCUCUGAGCAGGCGCUGCCCGUGGAUGACCUGUUUGCCUCGGAUGGCACAGAGCCAUGGACAGGGGCCGCGUCGUCUUCCGCUGCGGAAUCCGUGCCACCCGAUGCAUUUGCCCUCGAGGCGCCGCCUGUGCCGCAGCAGGAUCAUGCACCUGCGUUGGAGCAGCGUGAAGGCCCUGUCGAGGCGACGGAGGUGCCUACCGUGCCUGACACGGCGGCAGAUGUCGAGGUCCAGCGAGCGCCGGAGCCGGAGGCAUCACCGGCGGCCGCCAUCGAUGCGGACGCGUCCGCGGGUCCAGAGGUCGAGCGUCUUGCGGCAGAUCUGGCCGAGGCGCGCGCACAGCUCGAGGCCCUGCGGACCGAGUGCAAGGCACUCGCCGGCGCCAAGGAGGCACUGGAAGCACAGCUGGAUACGCAGCGUAGCGAGCUGGCACAGUGCCGCGACGAGCUCGCUGCGGCGCGGGAGCAGCGGCUCGCCUCCGAGCGCACCAAUGCGGACCGCAUGACCAAGCUGCAGCGUGAGCACCGCGAGGCGCUGCAGGCGCUGCAGGCGGAGCACCGUGCGGCGUUAGACGCCAUGACGCCGUCGGCUGACGCGGCGCCUGCGCCACACGCGCUGCAGGAGCGACGGGUAUCGGCACUUUUGCGUGCGCACAAGCGGAGUGCGACAACGUCCUCGUCCUCGCGCAUGUCGCUCGCUGAGGCGGAGACAGGGGAUUUUUUGCCGCGGCGGCAGCCGUCGGAAAAACCGCGUAUGAGGCGGGAUGCGGCGCUGACGCCAUCACAGGCGCACCACCGGCAGGCGAGCCUGCAGAUGCUGCGGGCCCGCAUGUCUAGUGAUGCGGAGGAGGUUGCUGGGCCCGCGCCGCCGACGAGUACGUUAUCGAUUGUGCAGGACGAGCACCGCGUCGCGAGCACUGUGCAGGACCAGGUCGAGAUGGCACGGACGCACUCGCACCAGUUCUCGCAGGACGCCCUACUCUUUUGCUCGUCGUGCCAGGGCGACCUGAUUAUUGUGUAG